GUUGGAUUGCCGCUCCUCCGCUGCGGCGGCGUGGAUUUCGAUCGCUGGCCGAGUCCGCGGCAUCGAAAUGCAGCUGCAUUUUCGGUAAGAAUGCCGGCGCGGAGGAUCUGCGCCGCGGCUCCCAAGCACAGGAAUUUUGCUAGGAAAAGCGACAAUGCCUGGAACCAAGCGCUCCAGAACGAGGCUAAGAAGAGGAAUGGAAGCUCUCCUCGUCCUAAACAGAAGACAGAAUGGAAGAAGAAGAAACCUGUGUCCAAGGAUGUGUCGGGAAUGUUUAUAAUCGAUCGAGAGGAAGUUCUUCAAGAAGAAGAAAUAGUCCCAACACCGGCUUGGAAUACGUUUGCUAGCAACAGCCAUGGUGUUUGGAGAGGAGUCGGAGCAGUUUUUUCUCCAGACACAGCAGCGGUGGAGCCAGUGGGUCUGGGUGGUAGAAACGAGUAUCUCUACGACUGCCGGAUCGUCAGUUUCGUGGAGUCUGUUCCCGAGAAGAGAAGCAUCGACAGGGAAGUGCUGUGGAAUUUGCAGAAUCCUUACGCUAGCAAAACACAGGAGAGGGUCCAAUCACAAGACGAAUUGAUUGAGCAAGAUUUGGCGAUAGAGGAGGCAGGAUUAGAUUUGGAGACUGAUAGUGGUGGCGAAGAAGGUUCUGUAGAAGAUGGAGCCUCGGACGAAGACGAUGUGGAGAGAGAGGCCGAUGGGACUAGUGGUGAAGAAGAGUUGACGGACGGUGAUGGAGAAUUUGAUGAUAACGAACAGGAACUUGAUGAUGACUUUGAUGACGAUGAGGAUGACUUUGAUGAAGAUGACGAAGAAGAACUAGAUUCGGACGAUGUUGCAGGGGCCGAAGAUCCUGAAGGAAGCUCUUCUGAAACUGAAGGUAGUACGUCUCAGGAAGGAAGUGUCGAACCGUUUACUUUAUGUGAACUCAAGGCCAAGCAUUCAUACGAAGGCAUGAAGGAUGUGAUGGAGAAGGAAACAAUCGGCAUGGAGCCGGGUCUUGUGUUCUUUGAGGACGGAGCUUUUUCUCGAGGACCAACACGCCUGCUCAGAGCGAAAGAUGACACAACCAUUGCAAGAGGCUACUUUUACUCACCAACGCACAAAAUAGAGCAGUGUCUAGUUCGAGCUGGGCAUAAGCGGGUGCGGAUAUGUCACACGAUCUCAGUGAAUGACGAAACAGACGAAGUGGAAGUCUUGCGCGUCGCUGCGUACGAGGAAGAAUGGCUAGGACCUGUAAAUGAGCAAAGCUUCAGGUCAUCGAGCAACCCCGAGCUCAAGUUGCUAUCACAGCGCUCACGCCUCCAAUCAAAAGACUUGGUCGGAACUUGGAAGGUGUUUGAGAUAAAUUCUUCAGUCGCUCAACAGCAGGAUAGCGGAGUAUUCACUUGCACAGAGUUCAAGAGGCGCAGGAGGAUACCAGCGGCCAGCAGCGAGCAAGAACCGGCCGUGCUGUGGCUGCCAGGCGACAUCUACACAUACGUCCAUUUGACCACAGCAGGCGUCCUGAGAAUCGGUGCUGGCUGGAGAUUGGAAGAGAAAACGAAUCUGGUGAUUGAGAGAGACUACGAUCCAGACGGCGAGCUACUCGGAGCCCGGGCUCAGACCGAAAUACUGCUCUAAGUCAACGAUAGGGGGACACGGUUCUACUGUCCAUGUCAACAACAUAAGACUAAACAACAAUAGGAGAAUUUUCGAAAGGACGCACUGCCCAGCUGUUAAAGUGAGUUUCUUUAACCUGGGAAAGGAGGACAGCCCUAAAGUAGUGCUGCUGCCGGCUACUUCCAUCAGGAGUUGGGCGUUCUGGGCAAGAUAGUAUUUGACAUCGGACAUAGCUGGAUCGGAGUAGUUUGGAGACAGUUUUCGGGUCCAUGCUCUUCCCGGGUCCAUGAUUCUGAUCUCCGACAGGUUGGGUAAAAUGGGCGUCGGCCAGAAGACUGUGCUGGCUGUGAAAAGCGUUUCUGCGGGAUCAGAGGCCUGGAGCGAGGAUAAGUUUCUUCCGGGAGACGUGAUCGAGCAGCUCAGAACCGGAAGCCAGGUGGUUGCUGCUGUAAAAUCUCCUUUUUCGGGAGGGAAGACUGGCUUUGGUCGAGAGCUCCGGAAACUUGCUUCUGCAAAAGAAAGGAUCUAUGUGAGAAUUUCUCGGCAAGGGAGGAGGCUAGAAAUCACUGCGUCUGUGGUUGCUGAGGAGUCUGUGCUUCGAAAGCAUUAUGCACUGGCAGAUUAUGAAGAUAAGAGCUACACGGCCACCUUUAUGGAUGCUACUGAAGAGGAAUGCGCUCUUAUUCAGGACCAGACGCAGAAGGUUUUAGAAGGCAGAGGCAAGUCCAGAACUUCCAACACACAGAUGAGAGGCUGCGUUAUUUCGUACGCGUGGCAACAAAAGAUGCAGCAUUUUCUUCCUCC